AUGGCUCAGCUCAUCAUCCUCAAUGUGGUAACACAAAUCCUGAGUCCUAAGUGUAGCUAUGCCAAUAUUGCUAUACAGCCAUUACCCAAUAGGGACGUUCAGAGUUCGCUGUCCGGGCAGCUAUCCCGGCAGCUAUCCCGUCCAGCUUUCCGAGGCUCGACGCCGGCAAACGCCGACAGCGAGCCCAGCUGUGAUCGUGCUCGCGACAGCAGAGGGCUCACUGUCGGCACGAGCGCUCGGCAUCCCGUCGGGACGCGAAAACAAGUGGCGAGUACUCGGAAGCUAGCCCUAACCCCUGCAAUCUCAGAAAGUCGUUGUUUUGGCAUAGAGAGAUCAUGGGACAAUGUUCAGAGUGCCGCAAAAAUAUUAAAGCUGUUACGCGCAGAACACCUAUGUCACACACGUGACACGUCCCAAUGCGGUAAGCCAGGACAGUCACGGUUCGAUGCACUGCCUACUGUAACGGGCAAGGUCGACUCGGGCGGCCGUAGUGGCUGCGGCCGUGCGGAGCAGGCGGAACAAGAACAGGAACAAAGGGGCCUCGUAUACAGGUGUUGGAAAGGCGAAAGACUACACUACAUGCUCACACGAUGUAUCUAUGUGCUGACAAUUGUCGGUGCAGUGUUGUGGCUGAUCGCGUCGCUUGAAUCUCCGACGGGAUGCCGAGCGCUCGUGCCGACAGGUGAAGGAGGGGCCCCGGAGGGGCCCAAACUCUGUCCGUUAUUGGGUGGUGGAAGCCUCUGGCCGCCCAAUCUUUGUCCGGAUAUAGGGGAGCCCAUUCAGUGGAAAACCUCGCUGUUAACGGUACAGCCGGAGUGCAUUUCGACCGUUGCAAACGGUAGAGCCGCCUCCGGCCGGAGUAGUCCGGGUCUACCGUUAGCAACAAUGCACCGCUUGCAACAGGCCGGCCGGGCUUUUGGCCGGGUCCGGCUGGAUAGGCAACGGUCCGGCCGGACCCAUACAACAUCACUGCAAACAGGCCGGGUGGAGGGCAGGGAUAAAAUCCCUUCAUUGCAAGCGGACCGGCCGAGUGAAGUCUAUCUGGUCCAGAAUGGGUUGGCCAGCCUAAACAAACUGACUCCACGAACAGGCGGCCGGGCAGGAGUUGUCCUGCUUCAAAUGGUCCGGCCGGUCACAGCCCCCUGGGGGCUAUUGAAAUACUAUAUGUAUUAUGCACCUAUAGGGUAUACCAUCAUUAGGAUGCCUAGUGAAGCUGCAAAACACAAAACAGCCCCACUGGCUGGCCAAAUUAACUGGCCAGAGAUUUCACUCACCCAGGUUUUUGCUUUACUGGCCAUAAAAUUAGCCAGGUUGUCCCUACAGGGCCAAAUCAAUAGGCCGGACAUUUCAAAACAUUGGCCGGGCAUUUUAGUUCAUUGGCCGAAGCUUUUAAUUCACUGGCCGAAGCUUUUACUUCAUUGGCCGAAGCUUUUCGUCACCGGCCGAAGCUUUGGAUUGACCGGCCGAAGCUUCUACUUCACCGGCCGGCGAAAACAGCCGGUGCUCGGCCAAAAAAUGGCCGGCCGGUGGGCAAAACCGGCCGGGCUGUUGAAUUACUAUAUGUGGAAAUGUGGUAUUGUCUGGAAGCCCUUCAUUCAUAGAGUUUGGCAAUCAGAUGGCACAGAAACAUCUACCACUGUUGGUAAUGGUCGGCGGAACCUCAUAAGAUCUUGUGUGAAUAAGACUAUUGCUUUGGACGACUCAUUCCUUUCAAACAGUGUGGGCAAAGAAUAUUGGCUUCAGCAGUUGAAUAACAUGUUUUGCAAAGAAGCCUUAAUUCAACAGCCCGGCCGGUUUUGCCCACCGGCCAGCCAUUUUUUGGCCGAGCACCGGCUGUUUUCGCCGGCCGGUGAAGUAGAAGCUUCGGCCGGUCAAUCCAAAGCUUCGGCCGGUGACGAAAAGCUUCGGCCAAUGAAGUAA